UCUUAGUCCUCAAAAUCUCCAGUUCUCGACCGGAGAGGACGAAGACUCGCUUCUGGGGUUUACGAAGGUUCUUUGCUUAUCAUUCUUCGCAGUCACCUUUGAGUCUUCCAGAGUUUCUGGAAUCGAAAAUGUAUCUGGAGGUAAAAUUGAACUGGAAUGUAUUGAUUUCUCCUGAGCACUUGGAUGGAAAGGGACUAAUGCUGCAACGCUCGAUAAUCCUACGCCUAUUGGAGGACUUCGCCACUAGGAAGGCCACCAAGGAUCAUGGUUACUUUCUUGCACUAACUACCUUGGAUAGAAUAGGUGAAGGGAAAGUGAGGCAGGACUCAGGGGAUGUACUCUUCCCUGUGCAGUUUAGUUGCAUCACCUUCAAACCAUUCAAAGCGGAGAUUUUGCAGGGUUUUGUAACCAGAAUUAUGAAACAAGGGGUUUUUUUGAGUAGCGGACCCAUUGGGCAAAUAUUCCUGUCAUCUACAAAAAUGCCAGACUACCGUUAUGUUCCCGGAGAGAAUCCUUUCUUUCUAAAUGACAAACAGUCAAAGAUAGAGAAAGAUGUAAAGGUACGCUUCAUGGUGCUUGGGACAAAAUGGGCAGAGGCAGAUAGGGAAUUCCAGAUGGUGGUUACCUUGGAGGGUGAUUUCCUUGGACCCAUUUCAUAAUUUGGUGAGUAAGAUGAUGUGUAAAGAGACAGUUGUAAACGGAAAAAAGACAGCGAGAAGCCAUCGCCCCAAUAGAUGCUCUGUAGAAAGCGUCGAACCUCUAUGUGGAUGGCACUGGGAUCUUCUUUGAUGUAGUAGUGUUAGUGGACCAAAUCUAUAGAUCCUUCUUUUUGUGAUUGGUGGAUAAGGAACUUGAGCAAGAUUCUGAAUGUCUUUGGUUAUCCGACUGAUCUGUUGUGAAAAUCCUGUCCUUUGUAUUCAGUUUCAGUUCCUUUCAAUUGUUUUGAAUGAUUCUCUUGAAUCUAUGUAAAGUGCAGUUAUUGAAUUGCUUCCUUUUUUCUCCUUCAUGUAUCUAUGCAGAUUAUAUUUUUGUCUUUG